AUGUCAGUCACAGCAGCUACAAGCAUCGAUGUUUCUUCUAACAAUCAAUCAUGGGCAGCUGCAGACACAUUAAAUUCGGCGACAACACCAGCGUCAAAUUAUAUUAAACGGGACAACUGCUGUAAUAAUGCUGUUUCCGACAGUACAGUCACUGCUGCUACACCCGUUGAAAUGAUCAAGAAGCCAGUUAGUGCACCUUCAUCAAAAGGACGCAGAAACAUGAAAAAUCUACAAUUGGUGGUUCCACCAGUUCGUUCGUCAAUUUCAGCUCCAAAUUCGCCUCAAAUUCCGCUAACCUCGGGUGCUCAUUCGCAUAAUCGACGUCCUUCGACGCCAAUUUGUGUUUACCAGAAUAAACCCUCGGAGCUUUGCAACAAUAGUCAAAGUGCUGCUGAUCCAAUGGCGUUAAUUUCAAGAACGGAAAAUGAAAUUGGUGAAGAUUCACCUUAUAAGGAGGGGCCUAUUCGUAUAUUGCCACAUCUUUACCUUGGCACUGAAUUAAACGCCGCAAAUCGUCCAAUGCUCAGUGGAUUAAAUAUUGAAUACAUUCUUAACGUUGGUAAGGAGGUCGAAGUUCCUUAUUUGGAUGAAAUAAUUGGUCUUGGCUCUAAAAAUGAUAACAAAAGUAAUGAUGAUCACGAGGAUCAAAACAAUGUUACCUACGCGGAUCAUAAUCAAAUUUCACCUGGUCUUUCUACUUCUUCAUCUCUCUCUUCCGAUCAUAGUUAUCAGACGGCAGCCUCAUCACCAGUAGCACCAUCACCGAUAGCACCAUCAAUUCAUAAUGAUUCUCCUCUAUUUCCCGCAUCACCAUUCACUCUUGCGCCGAAUAACUCGAUAAAGAAAGCUUCAUUGACAUCAGCACGCUCGAAUUCAAUGUCGUAUACAUUAGCUCAAAGAUCUCUAGCAUCUGGUACUCCGCUAACAGUACCGGGAACAAAAGAAUUCAAGCCCAUAAAAUAUAAGAAAUUUUUCUGGACACAUAAUCAAGAAAAUCUUAUUACGGAUUUCAUCUCUGCAUUUGCAUUCAUUGAUGAAGCUCGUUCUGCUGGAAGAAACAUCCUUGUACAUUGUCAGUGUGGCGUUUCAAGAUCCGCAUCACUGAUUAUUGCUUAUGUGAUGAAGGUGAAUCGGAUGACUCUUAAUCAAGCGUACGAAUUUGUAAAAGAUAGGAGUUCAUAUAUAAGUCCAAAUAUGAGCCUAGUUUAUCAAUUGGUGGAUUUCGAGAAAACAUUAAAGUUGAGCGUGAAUAAUAAUAAUUCUGGCAAUAAUAAUUCGUCUACAAGUGCAAAGAAUAGAUCGGAACAAUCGAUAAGACAUUCAAGAAAUUCCAGCAUUGAAAGUGAUCUGUUAUUAAAUAAUCAUCGUCGAAGCUCAAUACUCCAACAAUCGCAACAUCAAUCUACUGUGAAAGGUGGAUCUGGAAGAUUUCAUGUUAUUACAGCACCAAUCGCAUCCCCAAACCCUCCAUCACCUUCACCUCUUUCACCUCCUUCAAGCUCGUUGUCACCUACAAGCACUUUAAAAACAAGAGCAAGUCAUUCUUCAUUGCUGUCGCCUCCUCUUCAUAAUUUGCGACCGAGAUCGCCUUCUUCUCCAGCAGAACGUGUCUCAUUGUCAUCACAGAAUUCUCCAUUAUCACCGACUUUUCCCUUUAAUAGCACUUCAUCAGAUAACAACCCUUCACCUUCUUUGCCCAUCUCAUUUCCCGAUUACGAUUUGACUUUUCCUUUCUUUCCUUUCAACGUUGCCACUUCGCGUAAAUCUUCGAUAAUCGACAAUAAUAAAAAUAAUGGCAAUGUGAUAAUAUUAGGCGCUCAAGAGCAACCCGGAUUUUUCGAUAGUGGCUCAAAAAUGGACACUAUUUUCUCCCCGACGAGAGCCACCUCACCAGUUACUACUCCUAGUUUCAAUGAUUUACUAUGGCGUGAUGAUUGA